UGAUAUUAAUUGGAAUGCACAACCAAAAACGAGAUUUCUGAAAAAUUAAAAAAACCGAGUUAUCUCGUUUUGCAACGAAACUCUUCAAAUACAACCUUAUUGUAAAGUGUUAUCGAUGGCUCUCACAUAAAACUGUAAUAUUAACAUGUAAGUGUUGUUUUAAGGUUCCUCCAGUACAGCAGUGUUUAAAGAUCUUUGUUUUUCAUCAAAUGAAUUUACAACUAAUAACAUUUUGUACUUUCUUUGUGCAGUUCAUGGCACUUCUGUUUUCUGCCCAGAAACAAGUGACCUUGGAUCUGAUCAGCUUUUUAUUGGUUGUCUGGGUGUGCAGUUCUCUUGGCUUUAUGCUGUGUUUGAUGACCUGCUAUCCGUAAUGGAGUUUGCUGUUAAUCUGCAUUGCGAGACCGGUCUUUGUCCUGCGGACAUCCAGAACCACGGACAUUACUGUAGCAAUGCACGGGAAACAUGGGACACAGCGCACACACAUAUACAGCCUGCCGACACACUUGACAGUUGUUGUUUCACCCACUGGAGAUGUUAUCAGGAGCUAAAGGAGAGAAACUGCAGUCGGAGGAUCCCAACAAACACCAACUACACCUGCGGCUACAACUCCAGCUGUGACACGCAAGAUUUCUGUGAUGAUGGAUUCUGCCAUUGUGAUCAGUCAGCUAUAGACUGCAUCGGCUCCAACCGGCAUAUCACAAAACAGGAUGAAAACAACCAACCCAACACAUCACAGACAGAUCUUCUUGUUAAUGACACCUACACCAGUGAGAUGUUUAAUGAAACAGACAGGGUGGAGCUUUCCCCAUCAGACCUUGAUAUAUAUGGAUUUGAUCAGACACUGAAUGAGACAAUAAGCAACUCCACCACUGAGGUGGUAUUUGUUAACGGCUCUCAAGCCAGCGAUAUCCAGACUACAGAAAACCCUGCCGUAUAUCAGACUGGUCCAAGGGAAGAGGAGCAUAAACUGAAACAGGAGACAGACAGCUUAUCAGAAAGAGAAAACACAGUUGAGGAAGAGGAGGGGGUGGAAUACGAGGAAGGUGUCUUUAAUGUGACUGAUGUGAUGUCAGAAGAAACAGAAAUUCCUACUACCCACAAUGCAUUGGACAUGAGCACAAAUAAUGGACCGACAGGUAGCACAGCGCUACCGUUAACAACAGAAACACAGACUGUCGCAUUCUCACACACAGACAUACAAUCAAUCCCUACACAACACUUAUCACACACACAAAGUCUUCUUUCUGCUCCACACACAGUAUCAGUAACUACAUCCAUGCACACACAACCACAACAGCUCUCAUCUGAUGAAGAUGAGGAAAGUGAUGAAGAUGACGAAGACACAUUUCAAAUGGCUACAAACAACAAUUUAAAACCCUCAGCAUACACACCUGCACAAAUACAACAUACAACACACACCCUAAAACCUCUUACACACAUCCCUGUGCGUACUACCGUUACACACAAAACAGCAAUUCAUGCUAGUAACAUCACUGGAGGAAUAAUGGAUGAAUCGAAAGAGACAGAAGAAGAACAGUCGACACAAACCAAUCCAAACCUUUAUACCCUUCCGAUGACCACACCCACCCAAACAAUAACCAAUCAAAACUCUCAUCACAGAACAACCUCAUCCAUAUCUUCCAAUGAAAAUAAACCAGAGAGAGACAGUGAGGAGGAAGAGUUAUCGGUUGAAAAGACAGAGAAAGAAAGUGAAGAGGCAAGCGACUUGAUCACAACCAAACCAACAUCUUCAGCAUCACACUUGACCACACAAGCCACCAAAAACUCACAUGAAAAGCAAAACAAAGAGAGUGAUGAAGAGCUACAGAGUGACGAAGAGAGUGAAAAAAUAAGUGGCAUUUUUUCUUCGGUCCACAGCCAAACCACUGCCAGCUUUCUAAAACCCUCCAUCACAACACCAGGCAUCACUGAUCCUUCUACUAAACCUACCGUACACGUGUUCCCAAAACCAACAGCACACACAGUUGCAAAACCAACGAGGAAUCACAAACCAACAUCUACGCCUCUCCAUAAGACCCAGAUGCCAGCAUCCACAUCUCGUCCUUACUCCCAGAAAUCAACCCAUCCACCCCUGCAACGGCCACAUGCCACUAUGGUGACCCCUGCAGCUCAGGAGGAGUCUGCUGAGGAAGAGGAGCAGGAGGAGGAAGUGAAAGAGCCGUCUGACAGCUCACAGGAAUCAGAGAAGCUUGAGCCUGUCCGGAGACGGAGACGGACACUGCCGUUCUUUGCCUGGUCUCUGCUGGAGGCAGCGGGACUUUCAGACCUACAGCCGAAAGAAGAAAGUGAAGAAUGUAGCAUGUCUUUUUACCAGUAUGAUGCAGCUGGACAGGUGCUAAGGGAUAUGUCUGCUUUGGGAGAAAUGCUGAACUGUCUGACAGGACGAUGUCCUCAUGAGUAUCAAAACUACGGCUGCUACUGUGGACAGCAGGGAAGAGGAACCCCAGUAGAUCAGCUGGACCGGUGUUGUUUUCUGCAUCAGUGUUGUCUGGAACAGCUGAGUUCGCUGGGCUGCAGGAGAAACAGAAAACUCAAUGCUCAAAUCAUCUGCCAGAAAGGAAAACCCAGAUGUGUGGGUACGAGCGUGUGCGACCGGCUGCAGUGUGUCUGCGACCGUUCCACUGCUGAAUGCAUGGCUGCUUCUUACUUCAAUCAGUCAAUCACCUCGUCGUGUUCUGGGCCCCGUCCACCAUGCCACCGUACUACAGAUUCUUCGAUGCAAUCAACCAAUCAGGUCUCUAGCGAGGAGAGCAAUGAAAUGGCCCAGCAACGUCCGCAAACAAACACACAGAACCAGCAGCCAGUCAGGCCGCACACAUCCUCACUCGGAAAGAACCCAGCGCAAAGUAAACCUGUAGCGGGUGCCAAACAGGAGGAAGAAGAGGAAGAAGAGGAGCCAGGAAAAGAAGAAGAGGAAAAGGAGGAGCCAGAAAAAGAAGAGGAGGAAGAGGAACCAGAAUAGUAAAACAAGAUGGUUCUAGCUCUCAGUGUGCUCAGUCAUCAAAUAAAAUAAAAGAUGUACAGUAAUAGACAAAAAAACUCACUCAGCAUCGAUGUCCAAAGAAGGCGCCAUACAGAAUCAGCUGUUCCUCCUCAACUAACGUACAAACUGCAUAGAUCUGAUAGGAGCAAAUAACUACAGUAUACAAACUUGCCAUGUGAAACUGGGGCCAGCAAUUCUGCUCUGCAAACAAAAUCGACCUAUAGAAAUGAGAGAU